AUGAAUGAACACAUCGCAAAGCUGAAAGAGGGCGUGGUGGGCAUGAACCCUGUAGUUGUGGCAUGGAAGCCAUUUGUUGCCCUCCUUGUUUCCGUCCUCACCUUUAUCUUCAUCUGUGUCGCUAUGGGUACGCUGGAGUGGGUCAAGUUUGACAAUGGUCACCUCGGUCUGCAAAGGGGCUGCGCUGAUGGUGUCGGGUGCAAGCCCAUCUCGUACUUUGAGAAGAACUUUGACUCAAAGUACAAGAAGUUCCGGCACGGUGGCAACGCGACACUUGCUUUUCUCGUGUUUGGCUUCUUCGCGCUGAUGGCGGCGCUGGUGGCCAACGUGGUGGCGAUCUGGAAUAUCUUCACCAACUACAUGACCCUGGAGCAGGCGCGGCUGUGGGCGAUGGCGGCCUACUUUGCAGUGGCGGGCAACGUUGGUUUUGCUUGGUUCCUCUACGUGUGCAUUGUGGGCAAGGCAGAGGUGAGCGGGACUAAGGGCAAGUACUCGACUGGAUUCGGCAUGGCGUUCAUGACCAUGAUCUGGGGCAUUGUCUCGGGCGUGCUGAUGCUGUUCGAGUGGAAGAACAUGUUCCACCUUGGCGGGCGGCGGUACUCGCUUAAGCAUUUCCAGUUUGUGCCCGAUGGCGACGCGCAGGGUCUUGCGAGCCACUCGGCGGCGCACAACGUGGCGUACGGGGCGACGGCGUCGACGACUGCUAACGCGACCCCGUACACACCCGCGGCAUCGUCGGCCUACACGCCGCCGGCGGUGACACCCGCGCCGGCUGUGGCGACUGUUGAUGGCGAAAAUGAUCCGUUUGCGCCCGAGCCGCAGCCAGUGGUGGACGCUGCACCGGCGGCCGCCCCGACGGCGUCGUCGUCGCAGGAUGUGGAGAACGCGUUUGGUGGAAGCGCGGUGAAUGCCGGGGCUGUGGCCGGUGCCCCGGCGCCGUCUGUACGCUCGGAGCAUGUUGCUGAGCAGCAAGCUGCGGAGACCCAGCAGCAGGUUGCCGCGCAGCAAGCUGCCGAGCAGACUGUUUCUGGCAAGAACGAGGCCGCUGCUGCUGCUGUUCAGGAGCAGGCUGAGGCGCAGGCUGAGGCUGCUGCCAAGGCUGAGGCCGAGGCGAAGGCGAAGGCCGAGGCUGAGGCUAAGGCUAAGGCCGAGGCUGAGGCUGCUGCCAAGGCUGAGGCCGAGGCUGAGGCUGCUGCCAAGGCUGAGGCCGAGGCGAAGGCGAAGGCUGAGGCUGAGGCAGAGGCAAAGGCAGAGGCCGAGGCUAAGGCCGAGGCCGAGGCAAAGGCAGAGGCUGAGGCUGCUGCCAAGGCAGAGGCAGAGGCUGAGGCUGCUGCUAAGGCUGAGGCUGAGGCUGCUGCCAAGGCAGAGGCUGAGGCUGCUGCCAAGGCUGAGGCUGAGGCUGCUGCCAAGGCUGAGGCUGAGGCUGCUGCCAAGGCUGAGGCUGAGGCUGCUGCCAAGGCUGAGGCCGAGGCUGCUGCCAAGGCUGAGGCCGAGGCUGCUGCCAAGGCUGAGGCCGAGGCUGCUGCCAAGGCUGAGGCCGAGGCUGAGGCUGCUGCCAAGGCCAAGGCCGAAGCAGAGUCGGCAGCGGCAGAACCGGUGGCGGCAGAACCGGUGGCGGCAGAGUCGGUGGCGGCAGAGUCGGCGGCGGCAGAACCGGUGACGGCAGAGUCGGCGGAGGAGGUCAACCUCCGCACGGUCGAAGCCCAGAAGGUGGCCGAAGCCGUUCGCAAGGUCGCCAAGUUCAAGGAGGGCUCGUUUACUCUCUCGCGCAACAAGUUUGCGGCGUUCAAGUUCCUCAAGGACUCAACCGAGCUUCACGCCUGGAUGGAGAACUUCCUCGGUCGGAGCUUCGAUCACAACCUUGCUCGGGUGCUGGCCUCGGGUGAGGUUCUUUGUGACAUCCUAGGCAAGAUUGCUCCAGAGACCAUCGAUACCUCGGCCGUCCACGCCAACCCGAUGUCGGCGUUCCUGGCGCUGGAGAACGUCACGCUCUUCCUCAAGGGUGCGGCAUCGCUCAAGCUCAACCUUCACUGCGACAUCUUUGCUGCGCCGGACCUUGUCCGUGCCUCCGACAUGCCUGCCGUCGUCGCCUACCUCCACGCCUUUGCCACGCACUUUGGCACACGCGACGACAUCCCGGCCGUGGUCCCGGUUAUUCCGUCGCCCGACGCGUUCAAGCCCGAGGCCGUUGCCGCCACCGUGACCCACCUCAAGCGCCGUGAGGCCGACGCUGUCAAGCACGCCACGCUGCGCAUGACGCCUGGUCGCAAGUCAAAGGCCAAAGACGAGGCUGCCGAUCCCGCCACGGCCUCCGCCGAUCCCGCCGCCAACGAGGCCUCGGCCCGGGCUAUCUUCCAGGGCCUCGACGGCGGCAUCGCCGCCGAAGACGCUGCCAGCGCAGACGCCACAGAUGCCGAGUUCGACGACCGGUUCACCUUUGCCUUCCGCAUGGACAACCAGAUGAUCACGGUGAUGGAGAAGACCGUCGCCGACGAGUACCACGAGAUCGUCGAGCAGGCGCUGACGUCGGGCGUGACGGCCGACGACGCCACGGAUGACCUCCACGAGACCGCCCAUCUUGAGCACGAGGUCGAUGCCGCUGUCGCGGCCCAGCUCGCCGAGAGUGACGCGGCGCAGUAGCUCAUUUACUCGGCGUCUUCAAACGUCGGCUCGUGGGGCGCAAAGCGCGCGAUAAACUGCUCAGCCAGCUG